AUGACUAGGCACUUUACUGUUACAAUUCCCGAAGGUGGAGCAAAACCAACGGAUUUAACUUCACUCAUCCAUGAGGACUAUGCUAGAAAUAAUGAUGUAUACAAGACAGCUUUCCCUUAUGACCCUCAAGAUGAAUACUACGGUCCAAUAGACGAAAUGCCCUAUGAUGAAUAUGAUCCAGUUGAAGAUCAGAGUGAUUUCGACCCCUAUGAUGGGUAUGGUAACGAUGAUUUAUACGAUGAUGUUGAUGAUCCCAACGACUACUAUGGUAAUGAUAACCGUAAGGAGCCUCAAGAAAAGUCUCCUGCUGAUGAUGCCAAGACUAAAGUUCCUCUUACUCCAAAAGUUGGUUAUUCCACUAUCGCUCCUGUAACUAAGAGUGCUACCGCUUCUGCUAGUGCUUCUGGUAGCAUAUCUAAAUCUUUUUCUGGUCAAACGAUUUCCUGUAAAACCGAUGGACAGAUUGCAUUGACUUAUAGUGAAGGUCCAAGUGAUGUGACGGGAAAGAUAGCUCGUCAGUUGAGCAGCGUUGAUGCAAGAGCAAGCUUUUUUAUUAAUGCUACUUGGUUAACUCUUCCACAAUACGCAAGUGUUACUGAAAACUUGUACAAAGCUGGCCAUUUCAUUGGAAUGACUUACCGCGUCAAGAACGAUAACUCCGAGGCAUUGACAGAUGCAGAGCUUCGACAUGAUAUUAUUAAAAAUGCCCAGACCAUCCAGAACAUCAUCGGUGUAGCUCCUAAAUAUGUCCGACUUCACUAUACAAAAGUAAGAGAUGUUCGUACCGAGAAAAUGUUGGAAAACCUGGGAUUUGUAACAGUUGGGUACAACUUGGAUAGUCAAGACUAUGUGCAAGGUGUCGAAUCUGGUUCGGAAUUCGUUAAAGGUGUAUACACAAAGACUUUUGAAGAAUUUAAGGAGAAAUAUGGCUCUAAAGGUUCUUUCAUAUCUAUUCAUUAUGAUGGACCUCUUUCCAACUCUGUGGAGGCAAUCGGAGAUAUAGUUUCCACAAUUGAACAAGGAGGUUAUACGAUGGUCAGAUUGGAUGGAUGCUUGAAUGAUCCAAAGCCUUAUAAAAAAAAUGCAGAUGGACGUGAAUACACUUAUGACAAGUUUUCAUACAAGCAGCCUAAUUAUCAUCAAGGACAGCAGCUUGUAGCAACAGAGCCCUUGGCAACAAUUGGCGGAGAAGAAAGUAAUCAGCAGAUUGAAUUUAUGGAAAAUAUGGCAGAUAUGAACAAGGCUUCUCUCUUCAGCACCUUGCUUGCUGCAGCUUUCUUGAUUACUUACUUUUUCUAA